AGUAUGUUGAUCUAAGUGUAUUAAGCUUUAUUAUUUACCAAAAUUUCAUAAACUCAUGCCCAUUCUCGCUGAUUUAAAAUAUUAAGUUGAACUAUAAAUGAAGAAACAAUAGUCUAAUAGAGUUGGUCCAAGUCCGAAAGAGAAAGUGAUGUUCCUCACACGCGUUUUGUAUGAGAAAAAAUCUUUAAAAGAAGUAUUAUGCUCAAGUUUACAUUUUUAGGCUUGCCAAGAAUUACAAAUGUCUUACUCCUGGGGUAAGGCCAUAUGGUCUGAACACAUAUCCCAAUAUAAUAAAACAAAAAAACUAUAUAAAAAAAAUGAUUCUCCCAAAACUCCUCCCAGCGAGACUGAGUAAGUGACAAAGAAGGUUGCGGGCAUCAAAAUCCUCCCAAAGGGACAACACAUUACUAAACAAUUUCACAUCCAAGUGCUAAUUCACGGAAAUCCCAUCAAAACUAAAGCAACUGAUUGAG